AGCGGUUGGAGCUCAGUACGCUGAAGAGGCUGGCUUUUGAACCAUGCCCCCAGCCUGAGCCCCGGGACAGCCGACGCUUUAAGGAAGCAGGGCCUGCGCUAAAAGGCUGGCGGCUUGUUGCUACGCACCGGACGGAAGGGGCAAGUGAGGGGGGGGGGAGCGGCUCACAUCACAAGGACAAAGACAAGAAAAAAGGGAUGAUUCCUGAGCAGCGCAACUCAAUGAAACCUCAACACGACAGGCACGCUAAACCUUAACCGGAGAAAACCAGCACAGACCCCACCACUGGUGUCAAAGCAGGGAGGCCUGGAGGGAGCCCCAGUAGCCGUCCGUCAAUCCAUCCAGCCAGCCGGCAGCGAUGCAGGGGCUGAUCUGGAGCCUGUGUGCCUUGCUCUGCCUCUCUCUGUGGGAGGAAAGUUUCUGCAGGAGCUCAAGGGAUGCCCGGAGAACCAAAGAGUUCUCCCUCCAAAGGAGUAAAAGAGCCGCUCAGGAUGAAGAUGCCAAAAAGUGUUCCUAUACAUUCCUGGUGCCUGAGCAGAGAAUCACAGGUCCAAUCUGUGCCAGUACAACAGGCCCCGAGCCAGACAAAGACAGAGUGACCCGCAUGGACAUCGCAGAUGUGCGGGAGGUACUCAACAAGCAGCGGCGCGAGAUUGAGACACUGCAGCUGGUGGUGGAGGUAGAUGGCAACUUGGUGAACGAGAUGAAGCUGCUGCGGAAAGAGAGCAGGAACAUGAACUCCAGAGUGACCCAGCUCUACAUGCAGCUGCUGCAUGAGAUCAUCCGGAAGAGAGACAAUUCUCUGGAGCUGGCCCAGCUGGAGAACCGCGUUCUGAACGUGACCUCGGAGAUGAUGCGACUGGCUUCACGGUACAAGGAGCUGGAGGCCCGCUUCGCUACCAUGGCCGGGGUGGUCAACAAUCAGUCCAUUCUCAUUGCUGCGCUGGAGGAACAAUGCAUGAGGACGUUGGGACGGAGCGAGCUGCCCCCAGUUCCUCCGCUGGUGCAGGUAGUACCAGAGAACAUACCCCAUGAUAACCGCUUCACCAAUGAGAUAGUGAGGAACAAUCGGGCCUUCCUCAGAGACUCUCGCAUGGAGGCACCUACCCCUAGACCCUUUGAUCCCCCGCCACCCCAAGGGACGAUCACCUCUGACGGCCCUUUCAAGGACUGCUAUCAGGUGCGGCGGGCGGGUCAUUCCACCAAUGGUAUGUACCUACUCAAGACUGAUAACAGCGAAAGCCUAAUCCAAGUCUGGUGUGAGCAUAGUCUUGACAACGGAGGAUGGACAGUUUUGCAAAAGAGGAAAGACGGCUCUGUCAACUUCUUUCGGAACUGGGAGAACUACAAAAAAGGUUUUGGCAACAUAGAUGGUGAACACUGGCUUGGGCUGGACAACAUCUACAGCUUGGCAAAACAGGGUGACUACAAGCUGAUGGUAGAGCUGGAGGACUGGACAGGGAAGAAGGUGUACGCAGAGUACAGCAGCUUUUACCUGGAGCCCGAGAGUGAAGGUUAUAAGCUCAGGUUGGGGUCCUACCAGGGAAAUGCUGGUGACUCCUUCAGCAGCAACAACGGCAAACAGUUCACCACACUCGACCGUGACCGGGACGAAUUCUCUGGAAACUGCGCGCACUUUCAUAAAGGUGGCUGGUGGUACAACGCUUGCGGUCAGACCAAUCUAAAUGGAGUUUGGUACAGUGGUGGAGUCUACCGCAGCAAAUUUCAGGAUGGGAUCUUCUGGGCGGCCUACGGAGGGGGCUUUUACUCUCUAAAGUCUGUCCGUCUCAUGAUCCGGCCAAUUGACUGAGACUUGGGAUGGUGGUUCAUCCUUGCUACGUUUUCUACCCUUAAAUAAAUAAUAUCAAGAGGCAGAAUCAGGAAUCUUUGAUAUCAUAACAGAGUAAAAAAAAAAAAAACAGGUGAGAGACAUCGGUCUAUUGCCAGACAAUAACUCCAGACGAAAAGCUAAAAUGAAGACAAAUCAUAUUACCUUCAUUAAUUGCUCUCCUAUGAUGUCGGGCGGUUACGGGCUAUCAGUCUUCCUGAGGACAUUCAGUAGUACUCCAAUACGUUUUACUUGAUUCUGUCUUUCAAGACCGAGUAUGUAAUAAAGGAAAAUGGUGAUUUACUAAAGAUAUGAGAUCUCUCUUGAGCAGCUAAUGAUGACUUAUUGAAAGUAGUGCUUCUUAUAUCAAGUGGCACCGGAUAUUUGUGCAACACAGUGGUAAUGAAUAGGAGUUGAUGCCAUUUUAAUUUGAAAUGUUAAAAUGCCUAAAACAAAAUCUAACAAUGGAAAAUGGAUCCUGCUCAAUUUACUGUCAAAUUGUAGGAUUUUUUUUUAUUUUUUUUUUAAACAUUAUCCAAAAGAAAGUAAACUCACCAAUGUGUGUGCUUGUUGAUUGUGCAUAAGGCUGAGCUGGCUUUAGUAUGUAAAUAUUGUUGGCUUUAAUUGUUUAAUUUAAAAAAAAAAAAGGUAUGACUCGACUCAGGCCUCAUGUUCACUCUGUUAUUCCUUGUUGUUAUUUAUCAGUGUAUUUAUAGUAACUGUAGUCAUCUCUGGCAAUUUUAUAUCUAUUCUUGUAACGGUACAAAUGUGCUUAUGUUUUUAUCCCAUGUAGAGGUGCAUUAGAAACCCCAGAACAGAUGUACGCAGGGGGGAAGGAACAAAAUGAGUGCACGUCUGUUUGACAAGCGGCUGGAAAACAUAUGAUGUGAACUUACAGUCAUCCAAGAAAAAAUAAAACACUUAAAACACUU